GAAGAAGAAGAAGAAGAAGAAGAAGAAGGAGAAGAAGAAGAAGAAAAAGAAGAAGAAGAAAAGGGAGAAGAAGAAGAAGAAGAAGAAGGAGAAGAAGAAGAAGGAGAAGCAGAAGAAGAAGAAGAAGAAGGAGAAGAAGAAGAAGAAGAAGAAGAAGCAGAAGAAGAAGAAGAAGAAGAAGCAGAAGAAGAAGAAGAAGAAGAAGAAGAAGGAGAAGAAGAAGAAGAAGGAGAAGAAGAAGAAGGACAAGCAGAAGAAGAAGAAGAAGAAGAAGAAGGAGAAGAAGAAGAAGCCGAAGAAGAAAAAGAAGAAGAAGAAGCAGAAGCAGAAGAAGGAGAAGAAGAAGAAGAAGAAGGAGAAGAAGAAGAAGAAGAAGAAGGAGAAGAAGAAGAAGGAGAAGCAGAAGAAGAAGAAGAAGAAGGAGAAGAAGAAGAAGAAGAAGAAGAAGAAGCAGAAGAAGAAGAAGAAGAAGAAGAAGAAGAAGAAGAAGAAGAAGAAGAAGAAGAAGAAGAAGAAGAAGAAGAAGAAGAAGAAGAAGAAGAACAGCUGAUUUCUCUGACUCAGGGUCACAAGAAGAUGCCGCCUUUCCCAGAAUGCAUUGGGGGUGACAGCGCAGCUGCAGGUGAACCAACCAGCUCGACUCUCUCUGAAGGCGAGCGGGUCGACGCCCUUCAUACGUCCGUCUCUUUGAAGGGAAGCCAAAUGGCACGGCUCCACCGCACUGAUCUCAUCUCCCCGCUCUCCCAACUCUGA